AUGUCUUCAAUAACGAAGAAGAUGAUCACUUUGAAGAGUUCCAACGGUGAAACCUUCGAGGUUUCCGAGGCGGUGGCACUUCAAUCGCAGACAAUCAAGGGCAUGAUGGAGGAGAAUUGUGGCAACAACGGAAUCCCUAUUCUUAACGUGAAGAGCAAGAUAUUGGCAAAGGUGACUGAAUACUGUAAGAUGCAUGUCGAGGCCAGCAAGACAUUGGCGAAGGGAAUUGAUUACUGUGAGAAGCAAGUUGAUGCCGACACCGCGAAUUCCAAUGAUCUUAAAGCUUGGGAUGCUAAAUUCAUGAAGAAGACUGAUAUGAAAACGCUUUGCGAUCUCAUGCUGGCUGCGAAUUACUUGAACAUCAAGGGUCUGCUGGAUCUUACCUGUCGGGCUGUACCGGAUCUUGUUCGAGGGAAGACAUUGAGAAAAUGGUACAACAAAGAGUUUGUUCUUGGAGAAUUUGUUUUAGACUAA